AUGACUCAUGGAAACGAAAUAACAAACGGGGACCUUGAUCCCCGCGGGCUGCAUGCAGUGCGUCGCGCGAUAAUUAUGGGGUUACUCACGGGAGUGUCGGAGGCUGGCGUGUUGCCCUGGUGGGUGCUGGGUGGCGGAGCAUUAAGAACUUGGAGGGUGUAUAUGUCGAAGCCUCGAGAUGUCCCCCACAAAAUGAAGAAGCCGAGGACAGCGUACGGAGUGCCUUCUGCAACACGCAACCAUCGAGACCAGGAAGCCGAGCAGGUCAAGAGCCAAGGCCCGAGGAGACCCAGAGCACCCCAGCGGAUUGAGGGGCAGCUCGGGCCCGAGGAGGGACGCAAAUCAGGCUUUCGCACUGCAUGUACCAGGGACCUGGAGCGCUGGCGACGACGAAGAUGGUACCAGGUCGAUGAGCGAUGGUGCAAUGAUGGGUUGCCGGUCGAGCGACGGAGCGCUAGGGCACGGCGAUGUUUGUAUCCCGGCACUCUGAUCGUGCCUCUACAAGUCCUCUAUAAGCAUCCGCGGAGCCUUAUUGGCAAGAACCCCAGUGUGGAAAGUCGGAUCCAAACAAUCGAUGGCGCGAUGAUGAGCAUGGUCCUGGUCAAUGGUGGAGAGACGGAAAGCAAACGGAAUGCCAAAGUACCGUACGACGUCGGAGACCAAUCGGAGACUCGGAGAAACAGGUUUGACGCGGCAAACGCCGAUGAAGUAAUCCGGCGUCCGCAGGUGUUCCAAGCUUCGGAACGGACGCCGCAGUUGCUAUUGAGAGGGUCGAGCUUGGCCGCGGAUACGUAUCUGCACGAGGACUGUUUCUUUGUAUUCUCGAAGCCAGUAUCGCUCAUAGCUCAAUGCAACGACAUGGAAACUGAAGGGCCCACUCGGAAAUGGUGGCUCGAUAGGGCGCCUCUGACGAGACACCAACACCGAGCAGAGAAGCCGUCGGUAUUGUCAUAUAUCAUCAAGCCGAGAGCGACUGAGCGACCGGAAAACUACGCUGCUCAAGUACCGGUGGCAGAGACCUUGCAAAACAGUCUAAUUGCCACCUCCAUCGAGUGGGUAUAA